AUGGGUAUCGUUGUCAGUGGCGAAGAUCGCAAGACCAACUCCUUGGAUGAGCAGCAAAUAAUCAACCAGAUUGCCGCCGAAAACGACUUUGGUCUGGUUAUCACCACCUUGGAUCAGCUCUUUGUGUUCUUCGGAACUUGGUGGUCUUUCUCUUUGACUGGGCGCGUUAAUACCUUUCAUCGCUAUACGCACGCUGCGUUGCUUGACGUGAUUCGAGCAGAGCGUCAGACUACAGGGGUCCUGGGCUUCUAUUUUGCUGGGAUACCGACUUGGGCCAUCUCUAGUGGACUAGCCAUCGCCAGAGAAAACCCAUUGAAACGCAUCUUCGCCACAGCACGCGAUUAUGUGCUUGACCUCACCGGGAAUGACAAGCUUUCACUUGGAGUACGAUCGUUUUUCAUACUUAACUACUCAGUUGUGCGAACAUCACUUCUGCUGCUUUCUGUUGAGACCUACUUGUACUCCCUCCUUCAAUCACUCGCUCUGGUCUCUUCAAGCUCGAUGCCUGCCAUCACCAGUCUCUUUCCAUUUGGACGAAAGUCUCUCCUUUUCUUACCAUCACCGCCUCGUGAAAUUUCAGGAUCGUCCUUGUGUCAGUUUGCAUUGCAGCUGUUGACUUCUCCAGGGGUCUUGGCAUGCAUCCAUGCUUUCUACUUGCGUCCAAAUCUCGAGGAGCGGAUCUAUCGAUUGAUCCGUCGCCAACUCCCAAAACCGAAGCUGGCAGACGAACUCUCAGUCCGUGUUGCAUACGACGAGAACCUCAUUGACUGGAUUGUGCCUACUUUGGGACGUCACUCCGAAGAGGAAACUCAUAGAGAAAAACUCACGCUGCUCGAAGACAUUAAGUACGAGAUGUCUGUCUUUCGUAGCUGGAUCGUUUCCUUCUUCAGCUUUGUUUCGCGAACCAACUCAGUCAAUCGGGACCCAGGCACACCUAAUCAGGAGAGGAUACAACGUCUUCGCCAUUCGAUUGAAUCUCUACAGCACCAACUGGAGGAGGUCCAGGUUCGCAACAACCUCGUCAGUGCAACCUCUGGCGCUAGCUUGGAGAGGCUCCCUGAGGAAGUCGAAGAAAACAACACGAAUAACGCGAAUCGCUCUAGUCUGCGACCAAUUGCUGAACACGAAGAUAUGCCUGAUUUGCACUCGGGUAUAAACCAGGUUUUUACGAACGAGAAUCGCAUCUCUCAGUCUCCGGGAGAAAUGAGUAAUGAUUAUUUCUCCUCUGACAUCGGGCCCCUUGGCCAGAUAACAGCAACAUCGCCUACAUCCGCCGCAAGAACGCCGGGUCGCAACUUGCAAAGUGACGAUAAUGGGGCUUCUUCGACCAGAACUCAGCUCGAUUCUCGUACAAAUACCCUCUUCUCUCGCCCAUCGUCUCCUGGUACAUCCCCACCGACGUCGCCACGUGUGAGAGCGUCUCUCAUCCACCAAGGAUCUGACAUUAUCACUAUGCAAUUAGAGCUCCUGGGUGCCCGCACUCGUGGCAGACAAAAUGCGGCAUCGACACGCUAUUCCCAUGCUCUAGGCGCAGGGCAUGGAGCAACAGGAUUGAACCCUUUAUCGACCGCAUCCGAUCUCAGGCCGAUUGCCGAUUUUCUCGAAUCGCUGAUAAUGAACCAAGCGCAAAGCCAGGCGUCCCAAGUUCCUCCUACCGGAGAGCGUCCUAAUCCCACCAGCUCCGAGCCCAUGAGAAACAAUCCUGCGCUACACGAAAUGAGUGGCACCGAGGUCCUUGCCCGACACUCUGCGCAACCUAUGUCAGCAACGGAUCAGCCUGCCGAAGCAACCGACGAUGAUGCUGCAGUUUCACUUGCUUCCACACUGCCUCUCGAACGCCUCGAAGGACACCGAGGGUCUGCUCUUCAUGGUCAAUAUCCCACGCUUACUGGGAAUGGCCAAGGUAGAGUGGAGAAUGGAGUGUCUGGCGAUGCACCUCCACUACAGGGUUCUCGAGGAAUGGAACAGGUGUCUCUGAGUAACCAGAUUGGUGCUCACCGAGUCACCUUGCUCUCUGCUCAUCCCGUGGACUCGCUUGCCUCACAUCUUGCCGCAUUUAUUGCAACCAUAAUCCUCUCGCCUAUUGAAUCUCUAUGUCUCCGAUCCUUGGCAACCUCUUACGUCGCAUUGUAUCCACUGGCAACGGGCCGAGACUCAGUCUUACCCGUUGGGCUGUGGUUUGGGGGCACUUCGUGGCCGGAAAUCUCCGCAUACAGUGGCAAGGUGAUCCUGAUGCGCGGGAUGCAGGCUGCUAUUCGAGCAGGAAUCUGGGGGUUCUUGGUCGGAUCAACGAUGAGAAUUGGGCGAAAGUUCUGUGGUUGGGGGGAACUGUAG